AUGGACCUAGACUCGAUAGACAGAAAGCAAGUUAGCGUCACUCUGUUUAUGCGGCCCGACAUUGGCAUUGCGAAUGCAAAGGCAAACAACGAUCUAAGGUUGUUUCACUGGGCGAUUUUUGUGGACUCAGAAAACUCUGGCGGCUUCGGUGCCUCAUUCGAUGUGACGAAUAGUAAAAAGGUCAGGCAAGGUUAUAAAGAGAAUGGGGUGUCCAAUCCCACCCAAAAAACAGGGCACGAAGACAUACCAGGCUUCGUCUAUCAGUAUAUGUGGGACGUCGAUCCUACCGCUACCAAAAAAAUGAUUGGCAAGAUCCAGAUUGGAAGUUCAGACGCUUCUCUUACACAGAUUCAUGGAAUGCUUCAGGACAUAAACGCACCUUGUGAUGCGGAAAGCUGCGUCGACUGGGAGAAAGAGGCAAUCAGGCGGCUACAAGGCAAUGGCAAGGUUGAUAAUUUCGAUGUCGAAGCAUUUGCUCAAAAGGCUUUUCGUUUCGGACUCCACCACCUUGAGGAAGGAAACCUCGACACCGAUGCCAUAUAUUGGGAGGGUGAGGUUCAUGAUAGCCCGCCUCGCCCCCUGACGGAGGCACGUAUUAAUGGUAAGCUUCUUCGAUAUACACGUCCUCAGGUGGAAGGACCCACGCAUAAUCUCACUCCACUGGAUGGAGAGAGUCAAAUUCCCGAUCCGGGCAUUCAGGGAACCUAUACUCCGAAAAGCCCUGACGAGCUUUCCUCGUCCGGCAAUGAUGAUCAACCUAAACAUACUCAGCUCGGUCAGCAGAAUCCUUCCGGAACCAUCGACGACAGUAACGGUCCAAACGCUUUACAAGGGAUCGGCAACGGCGAUCAGGUUCCAGGCGGGACACUCGACCCGGAAAGCGAGUUAGAAACGCCCGGUGGUGCAGAUGGGGGUCAAGACUCUGCUAGAAGAAGGCCGAAGACAGUCUCUUCGUCGAACAGCAACGACGAUCAGCUUUCAGGCGAGGCACUCGAUCCGGAAAGCGAGUUUGAAACACCCGGUGGUGCUGAUGGUGGUCCAGACUCUGCUGGGAGAAGGCCGAAGAAAGUCUCCCAGUCGAAGAGCCACGGCGAUCAGCUUCCAGGCGGGACACUCGAUCCGGAAAGCGAGUUUGAAACCCCUGGCGGUACUGAUGGGGGUCCAGACCCUUCGGGGGCGACCCGACCCCGUCCCAAGAGCCCUGGCUCGAGUACAAAUCACGGCGAAGGCAACGAUCAUGAGCUUUCGGGCCUUGAUAGCAAUGACGGAAUUUUAGUCAACGGUGCGAGCGGGACAUCCUAG